AUGUCGCAAUCGAACGAUCUCCUCAAAGGCGAAGGCGACGGAGGUCCUCAGGAUCGCGAAGCAAUCUUCCAAGCAAACCAGAAGAACUCAUCUUUGCUACGCUUGCCUUCUGAAUUGCGCAACAAGAUUUACGCACACGCCUCCGAUACGGUUACCAUCGAGGCUGAUAAAGCUUGCAAGAAAGCAUUUGCAGUCAAAAGUGGUGUACCCUUACUUAUGGUCUGCCGACAGAUCAGCAGUGAGGCAGGUCACUUUGUUGUUGCGGAUCCAAACAUCAUGUGUAUCAAGGGCCGUCUUUCGCGCGACAUGAUCAUCUCAGCGUGCCCUUCUCACCGGACCAUGACAGUAUUGAAGGUCUACCCUACUGCUUGGCGUGCUUUGUGGCUGAUGGAAAUCUAUAUGGAUUGUUUUUUGGAAGACAUACUGCCAAAGCUGCAGCGCGUUGAGGUCGAGUUUGGCCCAGAGGAGCCGUCGCUUCGUAGAAUGGAGGCAGCUGCGGAAGGCUUGAAAAUCAUGUUGGGACACAGCUCAGUGGAGGUGAUUUUCCUAUACUGCAACCGAGAGAUUGGCCACAGCAUUUCAGCUCAAGUCCGUCAAUGCCCCACUGCGUCGGGCUGA